UUCUGGAACCGCAUUGUAACCGAUAAUCUGCAUAGAUUCUUCAUACUAGGUUUGAGAGAAUCAGCUACCAGAUAUCUGACUAACAAGACACUAACAGUGUAUACUAAGCUCUUCAGAUGUUUUUAUUUUUUGCUAUUCUUUUGUUUACAUCAACAAAUCUUAGUAAAGUGGUGUAAGUCCUCUAAAAUUAUUAUUUGUUUUUUGUUAGACAUAUGCAAUGUGUAUGGGAAGAUGCGAUCUAUUGUGAAAAAUUGCUACGCAACCUAUGACAUAUUCACACAAGACGAACAAUCCUACGGAGUCGGUUGGGUUCCGUUUGAAGGGACGAACAAAAAGAAUAAUUCCAGUCCCGAAUUUGCGUACACCAAUCAGCAUGAUUUGGACGGAAUUCCCUUUAAGGGUGAGGUGACGUGGUAUUCCGGUGGUGGUUAUGUUUUCAUGUUACGUGGCACGGAAGCUUCCAUGCUGGACCGAUUCAACUAUCUGGAUGAGAAUCAUUGGAUUGACUUCAGCACCAGAGCUAUUAUUGUUCAAUUUACGACGUUCAAUCCGAACAUCAACCUGUUCGCCAUCAUUACAGCGCUGAUUGAGAAACCGGGGGUCGGAUCACUGAUCACCUCUUAUCGGAUUGAAACGGCUAAUCUUUUCGGUUCAGCCGCUACCGAGGCUGGAAAGUUGGAAAUGGAUAAAUUUUUCGGAUCGCCUGCAUGUAUUUCCCCUUUCAUUCGGCAGAUCGCGUUUGUGUUGGUCUUGGUCGGAUAUGUGAUCAAGGAACUUCGAAAUAUUUAUCGCCAGCGUUGCACUUAUUUCAAGAUGUUUUGGAGCUAUAUGGAAUGGUUCAUUCUAAUUGGGUCUUUUGCCUCGAUCGCCGCAUACGUGUACAUGAUUGUGGCCACAAAGGAUGCGAUUGACGAAUUCUCACGCACUCACGGGAACGUGUUCAUGAAUUUCCAAUUCCUGGCCUACUGGAAUGAGGCGCUGACCUAUUUAACUGCCCUGGUCUGUUUCGCCUCAACUCUCAAACUGGUUCGUCUGUUUCGGUUCAAUCAGCGCAUCGGACUUUUGGGAUCGGUGUUGAGUUACGCUUCAAAAGACAUGAAAUACUUCAUGAUUGUAUUUCUGGUCAUGUUUUCCGCAUUUGUCCUUGUGUUCUAUCUGUUGUACACUGACACCCUGGAAGGAUUUCGCAGUAUUCUUGGAUCGACCGAGACCUGUAUGCAAAUAAUUUUGGGCAAAUUUGAUUUCACUAGCAUGUACGAGCGUGAGAUGGUACUCGGUCCGAUGCUGUUUGCCUUGUUCAACCUGUGCGUGAUUUUCGUCAUGGUCAGUAUGUUUGUGGCGAUUCUGGAUGAUAGUUUUCAUCGAGUCCUGGAAGAUUUGAAGCUGCAAUCGGACGAGCACGAGAUCACUCAGUUUAUAUUCUCUCAGUUGAUCCAGUGGACUGGACUCAGUCGAACAAAUUGGGGCAAGCGUUUGGUUGCCGAUGCACAGGGAGUCAUUGAACCGACAUACAUGGAAGACUCCGAACGUGAGCUGAAUAUGAAGUUGAAUGAACUCACCCAGAUGAUGGACGAAUUCCUAUCCUAUGUGCAGAUUAAUCAGCUCGCGGGAACAAAAUAG